UAGAAAAAUUGAAGACAUGGCGGCGCCAGCCUGCGUGUGCUUCGCGCUCCUCUGGACCAUCAUAUUAAACCUCUACCUGGAAGCUACCGCACAACUAACCAGGAACAAGAAAGUCGAGCCCAUCACAGCAGAGACAGUGGUGCUAGGACCGCUCCGUUUGUGGCAACUCAUCGCUAUUGUCGUCACCGGGGUCUCCUCUAUAGUGAUCACGGCUUGUUGCUUCUCCAAGUGUCGCAUUCCACGAACCAAGAAGGAGAUCGAGGCCAGGAACGCCAAGAGAGAGAACCCGAUGGGGUACAUGAACCAGGUCGCCAUGCCGCAACAAGGGGCGCCCAGACCCGCCCCGCCACAGCAACAAGGCGGUGUUGUCCUCCAGCCCUCGGCUCUCGAAGCUGCAGCGUUUGAAGAGUUGGAGAUGGCUUCCGGAGGGAGGGUGCCGUGA